AUGAGUACAUUAGAUGAAAAUCUGAUGUACGAAAUGAACGGUGAAGAACAAGGGGAAGACGAUGGUGGAGGAUCCAUCGCGGGAUCAGAUGCCCAGCGAAACGAUCGGGACAAUCAGGACCAAGAAGUCGCGAUGGAGCUUUUCGAUGACAUCGACGAUGACAUGGGCGACGAUGGAGACGAGCACGAUCAAGAGCAAGAUAACGAAGAAGCACUCCUUUUGAACGAAAUUGAGGCGUUGAAUGAGGUCCACAAGUACGACUUGGACACGAUGGAGGCGAUUGAUCUGGAGAUUGAAGAAGCUCUUGCAUUUGAAAUGGACUAUAUGAUCAAUGAAGAUCGUAUGGAGGCGCAAAGACAUAACUCUUAUGAAGACAAGGGAUGA